AGGUGUCGUGGGUAGAUUGCAACGGACGUGCAAGAGGCAGCGGGAACAGCUGCGGCUACGAGUGUGCGGUCUAUUCUACCUGGCCGGCUCUGUCUCGAUCGAGGUCUGGGUGGUUGUUGACCAUGGUUAGGCAUAGCGCGGACCCCUGUUGCAAAGGUUGCAGUUUGAAGAUAUCAUGAUGCAUCAUAUCGUUUUGAGCGAUCGUGGCGAUCGUGUCUGAGGAGAUGGGUAAGUGGACGAGAGCAGGGGAAACACGAGAUUUUUGCAGGGUUGUCCGUCUGGUGUGAUGGUUGAGCGUCCCCCACAAAGUACUCAGACGAUGGAGCAGCCGCGCGGGCGUGGUUCCUCGAUAGCUGCUAGUGGUGCCGCGCACUUCCGGGCCCUUGCAUAGCAAUUUUAGUGACGCGCGUGUAAAUUUGGUGCGGUUGCUGGGAGUCGAUUAGGAGUUGAGGAGCCGGCAGGGAUUAAGAAGAUUAUGGGGGCCAAAACUAACAGUAGGCAAGGGUUGGCAGAGGUCGAUAUCGUAUUGGAUGUUAGUCGCGGUGCCAAAAGGGGACAGGGUACAAUUGCCUCAGAAAUGGUGGGUUCCGAUGACGAUGACGCUGUGCAUUCGCUGAGGGUCUCAUCGUCGGACUCCGCGGAUAGCAGCGACGCUAAGCCUCGUGACAUGAAUAUGGACGUAUCAGACUAUCAAGACAAGGACGAAGUCAUGGUGGACGUGCAGGGGGUAGGGGAAGAUAGAUCAUCAAAUGAAGAAGAAGCAGCACGCCAUGAUAUUUCCAACGGACAUGCGAUUAAGAACACGGUAGCGUCAAAAUUAGGUGGAGAGCAGGUAUUAGACGCGGAGGCCAUGAAAGACUCUGGUGGGUUUAGUAGUGACUGCGUUGUGCUAAACGGUUCGCCGCAUGGCACAGACCGGGCAGCGAAAAAUGGCGGGACUCGGAAGAGAAAGUCUAAGACCAUCCACUACAUGAAUUCUAAAGUACCGCAUGCUGUCCCUAUAUUGGACAGCGAGGAAGGCUCCGAUGGUCAAGACAGUCCUGAGGAAGGAGACGAUGUUCUCGUGCGUCCUAGCCAAGCCCCGCGUGCAGCGGCCACUAAGCUGAAGUCUAUGGUACCAGUUGGAGACAAGUUGGUGAGGGCCCCACGGAACGCGAAGGAGCUGAUGGCAACUAGGCUCAUGGAGGGGCAUUUUGUGCGGUGCUCUUGUCGUGGCAUACAACUCACAGGAAUGCUGAAAGACAUGGGUGUUCAGUGCAACUGUCGGAAUUGCAAAGGUUCUGUGAUAGUUUCUAUAUCAGCGUUUGAGGCACAUUCAGGAAGCACUUCUCAUCACCCUAGUGACAACAUCUACCUUGAGAAUGGGAAGAAUCUUCGGGACAUUCUGAGCGCUGGCCAAGAAGCAGCAGAUUGUGGGGACAACAUACUGAGAGCUCUAAAGAUGGCUAUAGGAGAUAUUCAAGGCGUUGAAAAGAGGAAGGUUACUUGCGCAAAAUGCGAGAGUUCACAAGAGGGUGACCUAAUCUAUUGCAAGGGAGCAAGAUGCUCUGUAGUCGCACAUUCCCGGUGUGUUGGAAUUGCGAACCCACAACUUGGCGAUUGGUUUUGUGGCAAGUGUGAGAAAACGAAGAAGCAUCAUGCUGCAGCGAAAGUGAAACGUUCCAUCUCCGGUGGAGCAGACCCUGAGGACGGGAAAGUGAGGGAUAAAGCGGCAACAGCAUCGGUCAGGUUGAAUCGAGAUGCGCAUUUGCACAAAGCUCUUUUCUUGCCCGGUGGAUUGGUGGACGGCACAGAACUUGGCUAUUACACGAAAUCCCAGUUGAAACUGAAAGGUGUGAAACGAGGUGAAGGUAUAUGCUGCAGCUGCUGCAACGAAGAGAUAAGCUGCUAUGAGUUCGAACAACAUGCUGGUUGUGAGGCUCGUCGUAACCCUUACGGAAACAUCUUGUUGGUGCCGGAUGGUCGUUCCCUGAAAGAUGUUUGCAAGGAUUUGGCACACAAGAACAAGCUGGACGAGAAAGAAAAGCGUGCUGCACGUGGUGGAGAGGUGAACUGCUGCUAUGAAUGCAGUGGUAGUGGAGAUCUGAAGCGUUGCCAUGGUUGUGAAGAAUCAUGGUGCGAUAAAUGUACCAAAGGGAUAGAGAAGGAUUCCGAGGGGAGGUGGUACUGCCGAAUGUGCCGACAGGAUAGUCUCAAAGUUGCACAGAAUGGACAGAAGGGUUCUGAGAAGAUCAUGGAGGGAAUGUCUAAUAUUGCAGAAACAAACGAGCAAGGUCGUUGCAUACGCCAUUUGGAUGGACCUAGAGAAGUUGGGGGUUGUGCAAUCUGCAAGAAAUGGAAUCUGAGCAAGACAGGUUUUGUUGAUGGCAUGACGAUUCUUGUUUGUGAUCAAUGUGGACGAGAAUAUCACGUUAGCUGUUUAAAAGAUUCAGGCGUGGACGAUCUCAAUGAGCUGCCAGACGGAGAAUGGUUCUGCCACAAGGAUUGCAAGGUCAUAGAUGAAAUCUUGGCACAACUAGUAGCGAACGGGCCGGAGCUGCUGUCUAAUAGCACUAUAAGUGGGUUGUUGGAAAGUCGGCAGCAGCUGAGCAGUGCGAAGGAGAAGAUCGAGUCCAGUAAUCCGAGGUUUGAAUGGCAAAUUUUGUGCGGCAAGGGUAGCAGCCCUGCUGAUGUUCAGACCCUCGCUGAAGCUGAGAAUAUUUUUACAGAUUGCUCAGAUCCAAUCAGGGACGUGAAAACUGGAAAGAAUUUGAUUCCACUCAUGGUUCAGAGUCGAAGGACAAAAGACCACGAUUUCGAAGGUGUUUUCUGCGUCGUUCUCAAGCUCAAUGGGAAGGUGGUGUCGGCAGCUCUUCUGCAAAUCUUUGGUCGGGAAAUUGCGGAAGUUCCUUUAAUAGCUACUAGCCUUUCACAUCAUGGCCAGCCAUUCUGUAAAGCACUCAUGACAACAAUUGAGAGGCUUCUUGGGGUGCUGAGUGUGGAGCGGUUGGUGCUCCCCACGGCGAAGAGUACAGAAUCUGUUUGGAUCAACAAGUUUGGCUUCAGCCGGGUUCAAGAGGACCAGCUGAAAAGCAUUUGCACGACUAUACGUUUGACGACGUUCACGGGCACGUCUAUGGUGGUGAAAGCGAUCACUCCAAUGACUGUAUAGGAGAAAGUGGCUGAACAUGUCAACGGUAGAAGGAAGAAGAUAUAUGCAUGAGCGCUCGCAAAUUUCCAUUUUCUGUACAGACAGAGGAUUUAUAGACAGUCUUGAUGGUUGUACUUGUGCUUACCAUGUUGGGGUCUUCCUAUGGGUGCACUAUCACAGGACUGCCAGCUCUCCCAGUUUUGGGUACAUUGAUGUGGAGAUUUUGCUGGAGUUGAACAUGGAGAAAUUAGAAUAUAUGUUUAUAUCACUGCCACCUUUUCGAAACUCAAGUACAGCUCGUGUAGUGAUUUGUAAAGAGCUUAAUUUUUCACCAAGUGUGCAAAUUGGUUGAACUCACAAGUACCAAUAGGUCUCUAUUCAGGCCCCGCAACCCUCAUUUCUCUCCCAGGGCUCAUCCUUGUGAUGCCAAUUACAGACGACUGGAUAAAUUUCGGGAUGACAAGGAACCUAAUUGUACCUUAACUGUAUAAUGUGGCUGUCAGAGGUGGUUUUUUUA